GUUCUGGAAAGAAACGUGACCUCUCCUGACCCGGAAGCUGACGAACCCAAGCUGUUCCAUCGGAGGAGUAAAGAUGGCUGACAACGGCGCCGCGGAUCCUGGAAAUAACAACAAUAAUGAAACUGUCGCACCGGAGGGAACUAUUAUCAAGGUCACAGUCAAAACCCCCAAAGAUAAGGAGGAGAUCGCCAUCAGUGAAGACGCCUCCGUCACCCAGUUUAAGGAGGAGAUCUCGCGGCGGUUCAAGGCCAAACAGGAUCAGUUGGUUCUGAUAUUUGCCGGAAAGAUCUUGAAGGAUGGCGACAGCCUCAACCAGCACGGCAUCAAGGACGGCCUGACAGUACACUUAGUAAUUAAGACGGCACAGAAAGCUGGAGACGGCGCUGGCUCUUCGUCCACAAGCUCUACUUCCAGCCAAGUGGGCAAUGCUUCAACCCCCAGUCCGAUGGCCAACCCCACCUCCGCAACCUCAACUGCCACCACCACAGCAGCAGCAGGCUCCGCUGGCACGGCCCCGCCUCCCACACAGACCCCUAACCUACUAUCUGGCUUCGGCGACCUGUCCAACCUGGCCGGCCUUGGCAUGGGCUCUGGGAACUUCAUGGAGCUGCAGCAGCAGAUGCAGCGGCAGCUGAUGUCCAACCCAGAGAUGCUGUCCCAGAUCAUGGAGAACCCGCUGGUGCAGAACAUGAUGUCCAACCCGGACAUGAUGCGGCAGAUGAUCGUGGCCAACCCUCAGAUGCAGCAGUUGAUGGAGCGCAACCCGGAGAUCUCCCACAUGCUCAACAACCCAGAGCUCAUGAGACAAACGAUGGAGCUAGCGAGGAACCCAGCCAUGAUGCAGGAGAUGAUGCGUAACCAGGACAGGGCGCUUAGCAACCUGGAGAGCAUCCCCGGGGGGUACAAUGCCCUCCGCCGCAUGUACACCGACAUCCAGGAGCCCAUGUUCAGCGCUGCCAGAGAACAGUUUGGUAGCAACCCCUUCUCAGCCCUGGGGGGGACCAAUGACUCUGGCAUCCAGCCGUCACGGACAGAGAACCGGGAGCCCCUCCCCAACCCCUGGGGGCCUCCUAGCGCCACCAACCCUGCCGAGAGUGGGGGGGGCCCUGCAGGCGCCCCAGGCACCAUCCCUGGGACCACCCCCAGCGUCACAAACCCCCUGGGCAUCAACGCAGGCAGUCUGGGGAACGGCAUGUUCAACAGCCCCGGUAUGCAGAGCUUGAUGCAGCAGAUCUCGGAGAACCCGCAGCUGAUGCAGAACAUGCUGUCUGCCCCCUACAUGCGCAGCAUGAUGCAAUCGCUUUCUCAGAACCCUGAGUUGGCGUCCCAGGUGUUGAUGAACAACCCCUUAUUUGCCGGAAAUCCGCAACUGCAGGAACAGUUCAGGUCCCAUAUGCCCGUCUUCCUGCAGCAGAUGCAGAACCCGGAGGCGCUCUCGGUAAUGACCAACCCCCGGGCCAUGCAGGCUCUCAUGCAGAUCCAGCAGGGCCUGCAGACACUGCAGUCGGAAGCACCGGGACUUAUGCCUAGUCUGGUCCCGGGUGGAAUCCCCGGGAUGCCCCCCGCCGCUGGGGGUGUGGUGCCAGAGAGCCCCGCCCCCUCCCCCAGCGCGGGAACAAACCCCGCCCAGCAGCAGCUGAUGCAGCAGAUGCUCCAGAUGUUUGCCGGAGGUGCGGGUGGAAUGGGAGGAGGAGGACUGGGAGGAUUAGCUGGAGGACUCGGAGGGGGCCUGGGAGGACUGGGAGGAGGACUCGGUGGAGGACUGGGAGGAGGACUCGGUGGUGGACUGGGAGGAGGACUCGGUGGAGGACUGGGAGGAGGAGGAGGAGGAACUGCAACGACCCAGACACCAGAAGUCCGGUUCCAGUCCCAGCUGGACCAGCUGAGCGCCAUGGGCUUCAUCAACCGAGAGGCCAAUCUGCAGGCCCUCAUCGCCACCGGGGGCGACAUCAACGCGGCCAUCGAGAGACUGCUGGGCUCACAGCCCUCGUAAAGACACACAUGCAGACAAGCGUGCAUACUCACACACAUGCACACGUCCCACCCACACAACCAACCAACCAACAAGCCACACACUCACUCGCUGUCAUCCAUACAUCUUCGUGAAGACCCUGACAGAAGUCUGGCAGAACCAAGAGAAAUACCAGUGAAGAGGUUUCAACCUUUGCAGAAGAAACACGGACAUGUUGCGUCUCCGAUUCUUUCCCCACCCUUCUUUUUCCUCCUUCUCUUUUUUUUCUUUUCCCCCCCUUCCCCAAUCCUGUUGGUGCCAUCCACAGGGAUCUGUUCCAGUGCACUGCUGCAGUGGCGGACUUGACCAUUUCCUUACCUGAGGGGGGUGUUAUGUUGCAUCAGCAAUGAGAAUCACAACCAGUUAUUUAAUUUAAUUUUUUUUUUUUCGUGGGUGGUUGUAGUCAGGGGGAGACUUGUUUGCAGACAAACAUGCCUAGAAUAGAGCUUGAAUCCAGAGUGACAUAAUGUGGCUUUGUCCUCAGCUCUACACAUUUACAUAUAUACAUAAUCUGAGUUAUCGCUUUUUAAUAUUGUGGAGCUCCCGUUUUUUUAGACGGUCUCGAAAGAACAAGCAAGAGAUUGUCCUUUUUUUGUUUUGUUCAUUAAACUCUUUAACACCGCCCCUCUAUUCCCUCUACUCUCACUCACCUUUAUUUUAGACUUCUGAACGAACAGGCCAUCGGGUUAUAUAUGAAAUCACAAUAAAUUAUAAAGCGCUUCUUAAUGACGUGCACCUCCCACACUUCAAUUUUAUGAUUGGUCAUUCCAGAACGGCUUGCCCACCCUCUAGCCACGGGUAAUGGCUGUUCUCCACCUUUAAAGCACUACCUCUGUGCCUUCGUCGUUCCCUACCCCUCCCUUCCCUCAAAGGCAUUCUUAACUGACAUCAAUUUAGCACGACCAAUUAUCCAGGAUUGGUCGGAAACCCGAAUUUUCGGCCAAAUAUCUAGAAUGGCUUUCACGCAGAAAGAAGUCAUUUAUUUUUCACCAUAAUCAUUGAGAACCAGUUGAAGAGGAACACCAGGAAGAUCAUUUUUUCUUCUAUUUUAUCCAUACCAAUUUAAGACGAUUUGAGGUGGAGAUAGUACCAAUAGAUAAUUAUUGCAAGUCUCAAACCUAAAACAAAAUAAAUAAAUCUGAAAUCAAAAUGAUUAAAGACAUAAUGGAAAGUCUAUUAUUUUGUUAUGGUGGAAAUAUAGUCAUGUAAAUUGAACUUCUAGUUUUUUUUUUUUUGCUUUUGGAAAUCUCAGCAUUGUAGUUGUGGUAACCUUGGCAACUGCUUCUAUAGCUUUGCUUUGUCUGUUGACCUCAGCUGAUACAAAUACAUCUCCCAAUUCAACAUGUUGGAACUAACUUUUAACAGUACUGUACUAAAAAAGAAUAAUAAAAAAAAUCUUGCUAAAAAAAAAACUUUUUGGCGCAGUGUAAUUUAAUGGACAGUGAUAUGUCUUUUUUUUUUUGGCAUACUAUAAUAUAUUUCUAGAAGUUGGUUCCCCGUCUAAUGGCUUUAACUGUAAUUGUUGUUAGUGGUUCAAGUCUGUCUACAUGUCAUGGAUGAGUUGAUCCAUUUAAAUGGCCGCAGCCGUGGCUGAGCUCAAGGGUCUAGAGAAUUGUGAUUCAUUGUUUGCUCCUAUUUGGCUCAAUCAUCGUGAAAAUUGCUGUUCAUUCCUGGAAUAUUGCAAUAAAGCUCUGAACCAUUAACACUCAA